AUGACAUCGCCAGUAAUUAAUCGUCAAAAGGCUUUAUCAACUGAAUCACUUAACAUACGAUCCGAGACGUCUCAACAACGUAUUAGUUUACAACACAUAUUCAAUUCGUGUGUACUCGAUAAAAAUCAACGUGUUAAUGCAGGGGAACUUAUUCGACAUUUUCGUUUUGUAACUGAACAAAAUUCUGAUUUCUUAACGAAUCAAUUGGAUUUUGCUUUUUUAUUAAAUCAACUGGGUGGAUCAGAUCAACAAGUGACAUUCGAUCAAUUAUUCAAUGCUGUUGAAAAGCUUUAUUCUGAACUUGUUGAAAAAUCGAGCAUAAGUACACCAGUAUCAAAAUCAAUUUCAUCGAUGUCACUUAAUUCUUCGUCGUCGUCGAAGAAGCGAAGAAACAAAGAAAAUAUCGAGUCACAUACAAGUGAUGAUGCUUCAUCCAAUUCAUUCGAUUUACGACGAAAAUCAAUCGAUCACGAAAAAUGCAGAGUUGAUUAUAAUGAAUUGAUGGAGGUUCAUCGACGACAAACGGAAUGCUUACAUAUGCUUGAAGACGAAUAUAAGAAGCUUGAUGAUGAUCACCAUCGUUUACAAAUACAAUACGAAGAUAUGCAAAAGAAAAAGCUUUCAUUAGAAGACGAGCUUAAUCGUAGUACGCGUUAUGCAAACGAAAAUGUGGAUUUACACAUGUAUAAGACUCAAUUAGAAACCUCCAAUCGCGUUUUGAAGGAAGAGAAUGAAAGUUGUGAACGAGAAAGAUUUGAACUGCAAGAGCAGUUAAUUGAUAUUGAACAUCAGUUACAAAUCAUUCGAGACGAACGAAAUCAAUGUGUGAACAAGUUAAGUGAAGUUGAAUGUGAAUGGAAGAAAGAACGAAAUGAAAAAGAGAAAUUAGAAGAACAGAUGAAAGUUAUUCAAAAUCAAUUGAAAGAAAAUAAUGAAGUUAUUCAUUCGUUGCGAAAAACGAUCGAUGAUUUGAAUGUUGAAAAUCAAACUACAAUGAGAAAAAAUGAGAAUUUGGAGAAGAACUUGGAAGAACUUCGUCAACAAUUACGAAAUGCAAAGAUGGAAUCAAUUGAAGCACGUUUAUCUCUUUCAAAUCUAUGUGAAGAAGAAAGUUUCCUUUGUGAUGAACUGGAAGAACGUGUUGAUGUUUCACGGCGCGUCACAAUUUCUAAUGGUCAAUCGCUUUUUGCUGAAAUCAAUACCAUGGAUAAUAUAUCAAACGAAUGUGUUUCUCAAUGUCUGGACUCGUCGAACAUGGAAACGAUUGAUGAUAUGGAAGUUCAAAUUCUUCUAUCGAAAAGUGAUAGUUUCAAUUCCAUUCAUUUGAAAGAUGUGUUUCAUGAAUUACAUGUGAAUGGAAUGACUAUCAACGAACAUUUAACGAUUCUCAAUGAGAAAAUUCAAUGUGAACAAGAUCGGGAGAGUAUCUCAACCACCUCAACUCUAAUUGAAAAACAUUUAUCAAUCAUUAAGAACUUAAUAAAGAAGAUUAUUGACAAUAAAGACGUGUUUGAAGGACGUUUUAGAAAACUACAAACAUUACUGAUUGCAAGUCGACAUAAACAACAGAAAUUUCAAAUAGAAUUGAACGAAAUCUCUCAAUCAAGUCAAACAAAUGUGACUUCUUCAAAUGUUAUUUCUACUUUGAAAGAAUAUCAUGAAACAAUCGAAGAACUGAAAGUUAAAGAACAAUUAUUUGAUGAAAAGAUUCGUCUUUUAGAAGAACAAUUAUUCAAAUUACAAGGCGAUGAAAAGGCACAGAGAUUAAAAUGCCAUUUUCUCACAAAACAAGUACAAAAAAUGACUUCGAAAGCAAAAGAAAAGCAAGAGCAAUUCGAUGAAAAUGGAAUGUUAACACACAGGAAAAAUCAUCCGCAACAGAGUGUAUCUAAUUUAACAAAUGGUGUUUGUCCGUAUCAUUCCGUUCGAGAAUUACUUCGUGAGGAUGGCGAGUUGUUUAAUUCGGCGUCAGCAUCGCUACCAUGUCGAUGUUUAAAUCGAUCGCGUUCAAGUCCUGAACUUAAUCAAAUGGACUCGCCAUCAAAACAUAUUCGACGAUUGUCAUCGCCCUGUGGAGCAGCAAUAACAACCAGUGACUCUGGUUUGAAUUCAUCAACAAAUUGCACGACCAGCCGUUCACCAACGCCGGAACUAAAUGAAGAUAUCUCAUCAAUGGCCCUUGAAUUCGAUUCAUUGUUUAAUCGAACAUUGACGAAAGAAGAUGCCGUUUCAAAGACUACUGAGAAAAAAUCCAAUCGAUCUGCAACAGUUAAAAACGUCCGACCAACUCGAGUAAAACGUGUCUUGAAAAGAUUACAAUGGUGUACAAUAAUAACAAGUUGUUCAAUCGUUUUAUUUCUUUGGAGUGUAAUUAUACGUUAUUAUUGCUUAACUUCCCCCAACGAUGAUGAUUGUAGUCGAUUGUCAUUCGCAUGGUGGCCAUUUGCCUAUUGCUCACCAAAUGGUAUAACUCUUUGA